GGAAUUCUUGUGUGCGGCUGUAGGUGGCGCGCUCUCACACCGCCGGGCAAUGGGGAGUUUGGCACGGCAGCUGGCUGUGGCUCGGAGGGUUGUGCAGAGGGGGCUGAGCUCAGCUGCGGGGCACAGAGAGGUGCAGGUCACCCACCUGGAGGGAAACAAUGAGGGCAUUGCAGAGAUCGUGAUGUGCCGGCCUCAUGCUCGGAACUCGCUGGGAAGGCUGUUUGUCAAUGAGUUCUUCCAUUCUAUAGACAGUCUCCGACAUGACAGCGCUGUCCGUGUGGUGGUGGUUAGGAGUGCAGUCCCCGGGGUGUUCUGUGCUGGCGCAGAUCUCAAGGAGAGAGCCCAAAUGUCCAAUUCUGAAGCGUCCCUCUUUGUUCGAGAACUCCGAAAAUUAAUGAGUGAAUUUGCUGCCCUCCCAAUGCCCACUAUUGCAGCUGUGGAUGGCUAUGCCUUGGGUGGCGGUCUAGAACUGGCAUUGGCUUGUGAUCUCCGUGUUGCUGCAUCUUCCGCUAAACUGGGACUGAUAGAGACUACAAGAGGAUUACUUCCCGGAGCCGGAGGAUCUCAACGCCUUCCGCGCCUGAUUGGAGUUGGUUUAGCCAAAGAACUCAUCUUCACCGGGCGACAGAUCGAAGGGACGCAGGCUUAUAACAUCGGACUCGUGAAUGACGCCAUUCCACAGAAUGAAUCCAAGGAUGCUGCACAUAAGAGAGCCUUGGAGCUGGCCCAGGAAAUCCUGCCACAGGCUCCGGUUGCUGUCAGAAUGGCUAAGCUGGCAAUGAACAAAGGAAUAGAGGUGGAUAUUGCAUCUGGAAUGGCCAUUGAGGGAAUGUGCUAUGGGCAGGUUAUUCCUACCAAGGAUCGUUUAGAAGGCAUGGCGGCAUUUCAGGAGAAGCGUCCACCACACUAUAAAGGGGAGUAAGGACCUCAUUAUCAACAAGCAUCAUUUCAUAAGUUCAUGCAAAUAUCUUUUAUAGAAUUGGCACCAUAACCAGCCCCAAGCAUCCAGUUUAGGGACCGU